CAGUCAACCAUUGCGAUGAAGCAGCAAAGAACCAAAAGAAUCCACUGAGACUCUGUUUCUUGAGUUGCGUUCUUGCGAUCUACGAAAUGCAGAGCAUAGUUCUUUCUUUCUCCCCUUUGCUCUCUCUCCGCAAACUUCACACCUCUCUCUCUCCUUCCACUGCCAAACCCAACCGCAUUCUCACUUUCUCUUCCUCUUCAUUCCCAUGUCAACGGUCUUCUCCUUCUUCUUUCAAACUUGCUCCCUCUCCUCCCUUGCUCCAUGCCGGACCAACCUCCGUGCCGGAGGGCAGUGCCGUCGAGUUCUCUGGGGGCAACAGGCUGCUCAACAUUCUUGAAUUGGGUUCCCUGUUUGCGUUCUGGAUCCUCUUCAACAUCUACUUCAACAUCUAUAACAAACAGGUCUUAAAAGUUUACCAUUUCCCUUUAACCGUUAGCACGAUUCAGUUUGCCAUGGGGACUCUCCUCGUAGCGUUCAUGUGGGGUUUUAAUCUCUACAAGAGGCCAAGACUCAGUGGCGCGCAGCUUGCAGCGAUAUGGCCACUGGCUCUGGUUCAUACUUUAGGGAAUCUUUUUACUAACAUGAGUCUUGGGAUGGUUGCUGUGUCUUUUACUCACACAAUAAAAGCUAUGGAGCCUUUUUUUUCAGUGCUCCUUUCUGCUAUGUUUCUUGGAGAGAAUCCUACUGCAUGGGUGGUUGGUUCCCUUGUGCCUGUUGUUGGUGGGGUAGCGCUAGCAUCUGCUACCGAGGCCUCUUUCAAUUGGGCUGGAUUUUGGAGUGCAAUGGCUUCCAAUUUGACAAAUCAAUCUCGUAAUGUUCUUAGCAAAAAGCUUAUGGUUAACACGGAGGAAUCUAUGGACAACAUAACUCUCUUCUCAAUAAUAACAGUUAUGUCCUUCUUGAUAUCAGCACCUCUAACUUUGUUAGUAGAGGGUGUUAAAUUUACCCCUACUUACCUGCAAUCUUCUGGAUUAAAUGUUAACGAAGUGUGUAUCAGAUCUCUUCUUGCUGCGCUAUGUUACCAUGCCUAUCAGCAAGUUGCGUAUAUGAUACUGCAGAAGGUGUCACCUGUUACCCACUCUGUAGGAAAUUGUGUGAAAAGGGUUGUGGUCAUCGUGAGCUCAGUCAUCUUCUUCCGAACUCCAGUAUCACCAAUUAACGCACUUGGCACUGCUAUAGCUCUUGCUGGCGUUUUCCUGUAUUCCAGGGCGAGGCGACUAAAGUCAAAGACCAUUUAGUUAUCAGUCGUAAAGUUUUGGCAGUUGCAAGAGAAAUCUGGUAAUUAGAUUUCUGAAAAUUUCUUAAUAGGUCAGAUAGGAAUUGAGGGUUCUUGAUCCCUCACGGUUUUUUGGUAGUUAGGUCCCCGAUUUUAUUGUACAUUUUUCGAGUGUCGCUAAUGGUUCAUCUAUCAGAUGACUUUAUCAACGCUUGAACUUUUAUCACAUCCUCUUAAGUAAUUGGAUACUUUAGAAGGAGGCAGGCCUAAUCUGGCAUGUCAAGUAUUUUUUAGAAACUUCAUUUGAUACUGAAUUCCAAAAAUGUAAAAUGUAGAAACUUCAUUUGAAUCUAAAAUAGAAUUCUAUCA